GUAUGCCACCAGGCAGGAACAGUCUGAACUAGACUCUGGAUGUGUAGCUGGUCGGGCUACAUUCCUCAAUCCACACCGGGCAAGUUUGUUCCUUUUGAUGACAUGUAACGUGAGCAGGACAAUCCAUUUCCUUCCCCGUCGGACGGACACAAACCAGAGCAACGAUGGCUGUCGAAAAUGUGAGCGUGGUGUUCAAGCUGUACUGCCUGACAGUGAUGACACUGGUGGCGGCUACAUAUACAGUGGCACUGCGGUACACAAGAACCAUCUCAACAGGAGACCUGUACUUCUCCACGACUGCAGUGUGCAUCACAGAGGUCAUUAAACUAAUACUGAGUCUGGGGAUGCUGACAAAAGAAACUGGCAGCCCCACCAGACUGAAGAACGCUCUUGUGGAACAUGUAUUCUGCAGCCCAAGAGAACUGCUGAAGCUUAGCGUGCCCUCCAUAGUGUAUGCAGUUCAGAAUAACAUGGCUUUUAUUGCCUUGAGUAACCUGGAUGCAGCUGUUUAUCAGGUGACGUAUCAGCUGAAGAUCCCGUGCACGGCCCUGUGUACAGUCCUCAUGCUGAACCGCUCUCUCAGCCGGCUGCAGUGGUUUUCUGUCUUCAUGCUCUGCGGGGGCGUAACGCUCGUCCAAUGGAGGCCUGUAGAGGCCACAAAAGUACAGAUUGAACAAAAUCCUUUUCUUGGGUUCGUCGCCAUUGCUAUAGCGGUCAUUUGUUCUGGAUUUGCAGGCGUGUACUUUGAGAAGGUGUUGAAAAGCUCCGACACGUCUCUCUGGGUUAGAAACAUCCAGAUGUACCUGUCCGGCAUUGUGGUCACCCUGAUAGGCGUUUGCAUGACCGAUGGAGAGAAGGUCCUGGAGAAAGGCUUCUUCUUCGGCUACACGCCCUGGGUCUGCUUUGUAGUAUUCUUGGCCAGUGUGGGCGGUCUCUACACGUCUGUGGUGGUGAAGUACACAGACAACAUCAUGAAGGGCUUCUCUGCUGCCGCCGCCAUCGUUCUCUCAACUGUGGCGUCGGUCCUCUUGUUUGGACUACAAAUAACAAUCUCAUUUGCCAGUGGCGCUCUCCUGGUGUGUGUUUCCAUCUACCUGUACGGACUUCCAAAGCAAGACACAUCAAAGCUGAGCCGGCAAGACACAGAGUCCAAACAGAGACUGAUCACUGUGUGAGACACCUACCUGCAGCAGAGGAGUCUCACAUGCUAGUGGACCAGGUCUGUUGGGGCGAGGCGGGACCUUAAAGACCUCCUGCACUUUUCUUUCCAAAUGAACACUCACAGUUGUCUCUGUGUUCAGUUCAUCACAUAGAUGACAGCUUUUGAUCCAUGUAGAUUCAAACAAUCUUUUAGUUGAUAUGAAGAAAAGACACUUUUGUUCUAAAACUGGCCUUUUUAAACUAGCUGCUUUUUAAUGUUUGUACAUAAUCUGAAGCAAUCAGUGAAGUCUUGUUAUAUCUCCAGCUACUCUGGAGCAGUAACGGGACUUAAGUACUUUUAUUUUGAUGCCUCCGUGUAUCAGUUCAAGGAGGCAAACAAAUAUCACAACUUUUUACAUAGAUUCUUCUUUUUUUAAAAUCAGUUAUUAGUCUGUUUUACACUGUGCAAUGUUAGUGUCUUAUGUUCAUAUCACAUAGUGCUGAUUCUGAAUGUGCCCAAUCACGGGAAAACAUACUUGAAAGAAGGAUGUCGACAGACUGCAUGUGUGAUUAUUUGUUUUUAUCAUCUCUCUAGUGUGUUUUGUAUCACAUCCUGUUUUGAAAGUAAUUUUUAAACUUUCAUUAAAAGUGUAUGGAAACACAACAAAA